AGGGGAAAGACUUUGUUCAUGUUGUUAACUAUUUAAAUAACCCAUGGAACAAAGAGAAACUGCAGCGCCUGCUGAGUGAUGAAUCCUGGGAGAGAUUUAUGGCUGCAGCCAAGCUGCCUUGGGGUGAAGCAGAUGCACUCUAUGCAGACUUGCGCCAGCUGGAGACACUCAUGGCCUUGGAGGAUGAAGACAUGCCCUCAGCAGAGCAGGAGUAUAGGGAGAGGUUUAUGAAGCAGUUUCCUCAGGUGAAACAGGACCUUGAGGAAUGCAUAGGAAAGCUCUACACACUGGCUGAUGAGGUGGACAAGGUGCACAGGGACUGCACCAUCACCCAAGUGGCGGCCUCUUCCACUGGCAUUGUGUCUGUCCUUGUGACCAUCAUUGGCCUGUGUCUGGCACCAUUCACAGCAGGGGUUAGUCUAGUGCUUUUUGCAACUGGGGUGGGACUGGGUGCAGCAGCUUCUGUGACCAGUGUGACCACUGGCAUCGUGGAGUACUCAAAGAACAAGUCAGCAAAAGCCAAAGCCAGCCGCCUAGUGUCAACUGGCAGCGACACAGAGAAGGUGGUCCAGGAGGUUCUAAGUCACAUGACACCCAAAAUUGCUUCCUUAGGUAGUAAGUGCAUCCAAUCCCUAGAAAAUAUUGUGAAGAAUGCCGGUGCCUUCAAUCUGGUCAAAUCCAAUCCUCUCUUAGCAGCUGAGGCCACAAGCGUCAUGCGCACGGGGGUAAUGUCAGCCCAAGGUGGCAACCAGCUGCAGAAAGCUUUUGGAGGCACUGCUCUGGCCAUAAGCAAAGGAGCCAGAAUCGCUGGUAUCGCCACUGCAGGUGUUUUCCUUCUCAUGGAUGUAGUGAAC